AUGUGCGAUCAGGGAGGGCGGUCGUGCAACUCAUGUGCAAACAACAGCCAAGGAGUUGGAAAUGUCGCCGACAUUGAGGACUACCUCCUCCAGAUUGGGACAUUGAGGAGGCAGAAUCAGCGAUUGCAGCAGCAACUGUCCGAAGCAGGUGUGAGGAGAAGUCCACGUCCGGAUACUGACCGAUCCAAACUGCGUUCUGCUCGUUGGUUCAAUGAGGAGAAGAACCCCGGAGUGUCUGCAGCAUACGCCGAGCGAUAUUUCAACUCCGGGCUGACACCAGAAGAGCUGCAAUCCAACAAACCAAUUAUUGGUAUCGCCCAGUCUGGAUCCGACUUGACGCCAUGCAACCGGCAUCACCUGCUGCUGGCGCAACGAGUCCGGGCGGGCAUUCGCGCUGCCGGGGGCGUGCCUUUAGAAUUUCCAACCCACCCUAUCCAGGAGAGCACAAGAAGACCGACUGCGGCUUUGGAUAGAAAUCUUGCCUAUUUAGGCCUCGUGGAAUUGCUACAUGGAUAUCCGCUGGAUGGCGUCGUGCUGCUGACCGGAUGCGACAAAACGACACCGGCCUUUCUCAUGGCGGCUGCCACAGUCAAUAUCCCAACCAUCUGUAUGAAUGUAGGUCCGAUGCUAAAUGGCCAUCUAGAAGGCUCAAGCGCGCGCGUCGGGUCGGGAACCAUAUUCUGGAAAGCUAGAGAAGAACAUGCAGCAGGUAGAAUCGACAAUGACAUGCUCAUAAAACUUGUGGCAGCAGGAACACCAUCGGUAGGACAUUGCAACACUAUGGGAACGGCGUCUACGAUGAAUGCUCUAGCCGAAGCGCUGGGUAUGGCUCUCCCAGGGUCGGCAGCCAUUCCAGCCCCAUAUCGCGAAAGAACCCAGUGUGGAUAUGAAACGGGUAAGACAAUAGUCGAGAUGGUGUACUCGGACCGUAAGCCUAGCGACAUUAUGACCCGCGAAGCCUUCGAGAAUGCUAUCGUAGUGAAUAGCGCCAUCGGGGGAAGCACAAAUGCUCCAAUACACCUUAUUGCUAUUGCUAAACACGUCGGAGUUACUCUCGAUCUCGACGACUUUGAUCGCAUCGGCUACGAAAUUCCACUGAUAUUGAACGUCCAGCCAGCGGGCGAAAUGCUAUGUGAGGAGUACUAUCAAGCAGGCGGACUCCCGGCGGUAAUGGCCGAGCUUCUAGAUCAAGGCAAACUACACGCUGAAAUACUGACCUGUACUGGUAAGACAAUAAAAGAGGUCGCAUUCGGGAGACACUCAUGGGACAGAAGGACGAUAAAGGCAUAUUGCGAUCCGAUCAAGGCGCGGGCUGGGUUUGCGCACCUAAAAGGGAAUCUGUUUGACUCUGCAAUUAUGAAGACUUCUGUUAUCUCACGAGAAUUUCGAGAAGCCUAUCUACAAGAUGUCAAUGACCCCAAUACAUUCGAAGGGCGAAUCGUGGUCUUUGAGGGACCGGAAGAUUACGAAAGACGUAUCGAGGAUGCGCAGACUCGAAUCGACGAUAGAACGAUUCUCGUAAUGCGAGGUGUUGGUCCGCUGGGGUUUCCAGGUGCUGCAGAAGUGGUCAAUAUGCGUGCGCCCAGCCACCUGCUGAAGCGAGGUAUUCGUUCUCUCCCGUGUAUCGGGGAUGGAAGGCAGUCUGGUACCUCGGGAUCACCGUCUAUUCUGAACGCAAGUCCUGAAGCGGCGCUUGGUGGCAACCUAGCCCUCAUACGUGACGGCGAUCGACUUCGGGUCGACUUGAAUAGCCGGCGCGUUGAUCUCUUGCUUUCCGAAGAUGAAUUGGACAAGAGACGAAAGGAAAUGGAGGACCAGGGUGGUUUCCCGGUCCCAGAGAGUCAGACCCCGUGGCAGGAAAUCUUUAGAAGAGAAGUGGGCCAGCUGGACGGAGGCAUGGUCCUGAGAGACGCCGUCAAAUAUCAACGAGUGGCACAGCGCUGGGCAGUCCCACGCCACAAUCAUUGA